UAUGUGCGUUGGUGAUGUUGGAGAGGGGAAACAGGGUCAGUGUCUGGAAAUGUGUGGUUUGCAGCGUGUCAUUGGAUAAGUGUGAGCUGCUUUUUGUGGCCAACAGGAGCACUUGCAAGCUGCAGUAGAUACUGUUCGUGGGACAUUGCAUGUGGCCUAAGGUGCCCUGUUCAACUAAUGAGAAGCACCUGUACCUGUACCUCUGUAUGUGCGAUUGUGCGUGGUUUUGUGCAGUGCGUGAAAAACUCAUCGGUAUGUGAUGUACACAGUGUGGCGUCGAGUGCUAGCGAUGAUCAUUCUGCUAAAGUGCAAUGUGAUGGCCAUCGAUAAUAAGCCAAUUGUGGAAUGUCUUUGCGGAUGUGCUGGUGUAUUGCUAGUGGAAAGCAUUUGAAAGUAUGAAUGUAGGUGUUUGGGAGUACUGGAACAUGCCAAUUUAAUUUAGGUAGUUGUUUGUCACAUCGUACGACACGCUCCACAGCUUCGAAAGAGCUCCACACUGUGAAACUUGUGAAUUGGAUAUCUUGAUAACUGCUGGAAUUGGACAAAAUUGCUAUAGUUGUAACAUCAUUUCGAAGAAGCAAUUAAGUAAAAGGAUGAUGCAAUCUUACAGUGUACAGACCGUAGAAUAGCUUCCAACCGUCAUCAUUCUAAAUCCGUUGAUUUCCAACUAAAGUUAGUCAAUGCUAUAAUGUAAUGCAACGCUACCCAACUUUAUCGAUUUGCUUAAAGGUUUCAAACGUGAAAAAGAUAAACGAAAUGAAUAAAACAACUGCGCUGAGCAAAAUGAAGCACUGAAAUUAUUCGGUCAUUAAGAGCUUCCGAUGUGGCGCAACGAACUGUGGACAAAAUACAAAAGAAAAUUCACUCAGUCCAGCAGAUAACCAUUCUUAAGCCUCGUAAAAUUAUUGCACACCACUCGGUACAGCGGUCGGUACAUUGGUAACAAAUCUGGCAAGGUCAAUCGUUUGUUUGUGACCUUCAUCCGCCCUCGGCGAGGUAGCGGGCGGACGGCCCCUGUCCUGCAACGAUGAAGGUGGACAAGGGCGUGUGUACCAACGGCACACUGGAGGAUCUGAACAGGGCCAUUCAGUUCGAGGCCGUCUUUUCGACGCUGGUCGAGAACAAGAUACUGGCCAUCAAGCGCGAGUGCGAGCUAAAGAAACGCCACAAAAAGUCGCGCCUCCUGCGGCGUAUCCUUUUCGGGCGGAAGAUAUCAACGGGUGGAGCGGGCGGAAGCGGCUGUUGCCAUCGGGAGGUUUCUGCUAGCAAUAGCAAUAGUAGCGAUGGUGCAAACGCAGCCAUCGAACCGUUAUGUCCGGGUCAUAAUGGAACGGCAGGAAGCGUGGACCGUCAGCAGCGGGAAGGUCUCGAUGCCGGUUGCUACACCUAUGGGAGUGCGGUGCCGGAAGCGAGCCUUGGGGUGGAAAACUCCACGAUUAGCGACGGAGUUGAUGAGGUUAUCGUCGAGAUCGGCGACCUUUCGUCGCUGGUCGAUGCCGAUGGGAAUGUGGUCGUGGCAACAACGAGUGUGGAACCGGCCGUGCUUGUCGAGGAGGGUAGUUCGCCGAAGGUGAGUGCGCCAAAUCGAGCUUCUGGUGCGUCCCGGAUAUCCGCUGCCGAGUCGAGCUCAACGAAAAGUCCCGAAUCGCUUGAAAAUCGUAAAGGCAGUGGUCGUACGUCGGCUAACGCACCACGGAAGUCCUCCCUGCUGGAACCGGUUUCCAUCGAGAUCGAGCCCGAAUCGGACCCACUCAGCGCUCACUACGAUUUGGAAGAUAGUGCUACAAAUGUGUCGAUCGAGCUGGAUGGUGUUAGCGAUGUGUCGGAUAUGCGGCGCAGCAUUGCCUCGGAACCUAUAUCCAUCAUCAAGAACUCGACCCGAUCGCGGUACGGAUUGGGAUCGUAUCUGUCCGCCGGCAAUGCCGUUGCCAACCGACUGCGCGUACUCGAAGCGAAAUCGAUCAGCGCCCAGAACAGCCCAAUACUGCCACGCCAGAAGCCAACGGCCGAAGGACGCCACCUGACAUUCAGUACGGCCACCUAUCAGCAGCCAAAGUCAUCGACCAAAGCGAGCGCCAUCGACUGUGAUACCUCGUUCGUGGUGGAUCUCAGCCAGUCGGCUCGGGAUCAGGAACAGCAACAGCAGCCACAGCAGCAGCAGCAUCAGCACAACAACUCCACUGUGAUAGGGAAGGACAAGCCGACCAGCCAGGUGGCUAGCGGCGGCAAAAAGUCAGCACUAUUUCUAGGCGAUAAUAGCAGUAGUAGUAGCGCUAGUAAGAGAAACAAAUUAACGCAACCCCAUAACAGUAACCAUUCUGCUGGUGCAGUGUCCAUCGGUCGGGCCGCCCAUUCCGCACAGCAACAGCAGCAGCAGCCGCAGCAGCAAGAGGCGCCGUCUUCGCCUCCACUCGGACUCAUCGAAAGCUUUAACCAGCUGACGGCAUCCAACCUACCUGUGAUAGCAUCUACCGCACGACAUUCGCCACCGGUUAGUGAUCUGGUGAAGCUGCAACAGCACCACCUUACCAAUAAUCGCCAGCAGCACCAUCGGCCCUCAUCACCAUCGAUCCUGCUCGACUCCCUCUGUCGGGGUGAAGCGCAUCCGCCAGCCGAUGGUCACUCACCCAUCCCUUCCAGACGGGCUAGCAAAGGAUCGGCUGCAGCUCCCAUAGCUGGCGAAGGCGUCUCGGAUGCAGUUUUGGGCAUCUCCGCAGGUGUCAUGCAACCCUUAACCGCAAACUUAGCUCAACCGAACCAGCAACAAACCCAGCGCAAGCAGCGUAGCUUUCUCAAACAAUCCAGCUGCGACGUUGAGCUGCACUAUCGGCCGAACGUUACUGGCACCAGGCGAUCGAGCGCCAAGGAGCAUCACAGCCAUCGCAAGAGCAGUGCGUACGGUCACGGCGACGACUACUCUUCCUACAUCAUGGGCUAUGACAUCAACGAGAGUGACGAGGAGAAGCUCAACAAACGGAAGUACAUUCUAGAAUAUCUGAAGCGAUGCUCGGACCCGGUCAUAGUGUUCCCGUCAACGAGCAGCGGAGCCGGAGCGGUCGGGAGCGGGGCCAUCGGUGGCAGUGGCCUCCAACAUUGCAUCCUAAGCCGUCCUCCGAAUCAACCACUUCAAUUCCCCUACGACGAAGACUUCAUGUACGAUGUUUCACUGCAAAUUGAAUCCGAACGUCACGGGGAGCUGGAUUCAAUAGUGCCUGAGCAUAGGAGAAAGCAUAAACACAGCAGACAUCAUCAUCAUCACCAUCGACACUGUAAGAAGAAAAGACACAAGAAGCGCAAAAUUCUGGUGCACGACCUCGACGACCAAAGCGUUAAGGUGAUAGAUCCGGACGAUCUGCCGCAACGUGCCAGAUGGACAAUCAUUGCGACCGCAUGCCUAUUACUGAUUAUGUGCCUACUAUUAGUUGGAAUCACACUGCGGAUGGCUCCCAUCAUUGACGACAUGGUGCGCCAAGAAAACGAACGUCUCAUGCGAGAGUCUCUCGAUAGGGCGAAGAUGAUUAAAAACUACACCGAGUACAACCGGAUGAUUGGCGGCGAUGAAAUUCCUUAACGAUUUAUCCUCGGUCCGAUAUGCAAUGUGCCCGCAUCCCGCAUGCCGAUCUGCUGUUCCCUGGUCCCACUAACUGCCAAGCUGCUUUGACUUCAUCAGUGGUGAGCGCUGCCAUGGCAUUGGCAUGACUCUGAACCACAACAUCACCCCAUCGCUCAAGACCUCCAGGAUACUCGAUGUGGGAAUUUGAGCCGUCUGCGGCAAAGAAACAGAACCGGUGGACAUCAGAACGGACCUUGGGCUGUGCUUGGUUUGCCGGAAGCGGCAAAAUGUAAUGGAAUCAACAGGCCAACUUCACUUCACAUCCCCCGCGGACCAAUUUUAGGUUAGCAUGGAUGUAGCAAGCGUUACACCGACCUCGCCGCACACUUAACGACCUCCGGAUGCACAAAAACAAAACACCCAUACGGCUAAUGGACGGCAUGUCUCGUCAAGAGCACCACGUCUGGGUAGAAACAUGCUUCAAAACCCACAGUGACGGAGCAGUUCGUUCUUUUUUCUCUCUAUCUCCCUCUCUCUCCCUUACCAGCUAUUUUAGUACACGUCCAGCGUCUGCAUAUCAUCGUGACUAAUUUCAUACAACCCAUCACUCUCGGGCAGGUUAAAACUCGCUCGUUAGGAAAGAUAGGAAGGCAAAGGGUAGUAAUAAAGAAAAGAAAACGAUACAGUGUCGAAUACAGAUGCAUAGGCGGUUCUGUUCUGUUUGCCCAACUCCAGCGACAAAAGCACGGCGUGGAAAGGAGUGAAGUUUGAGGGACGUUGUUGGGUCACGAUUACCGACACACCACGCCAGAGACAGAAACAACAAAAAAACACAUACACACACUCAAACACCUAAGAAAAGGUCCAAUUUCAUCCAUUCUGCGGGAGAAUGAGACAGUGCUAGUGGUGGAGGUGGUGUUUCCACUCGCACCAACCACGUAAUGGUUCCCCGAAAUUUGUGCCGUGCAAAUAUAAUCACUUUCUGAUGGCGCUAGGAAUGGUUCCAGGGGUGGAAUAACGAGAAAACAAAAAGGGGGCAACAAGGCCCUUCUCGCAAAAGCACAAUCAAUUUAGCAGCUGCAGACGGAUAGGAGCGCAAACACACAAAAAGGGGAAAAGAACAAAAAAGAACAGCUCAAACACAAAGAUUGGACGCACGCGCCCGUACACGCGAGACCGGCAAGAGUUGUGACAAAAAUGGUGACGAUGCUUCUGGUUCUGGAUUAGUUUCGACACGCGCUCAGGAUGGUAAAAUGGCUUGUAGCUUUUCGGUAUGCUUGCCCUUUCGAGGGAUGACGAAGCAAUUUGUUUGCAAGGCAGCGGGAAUUGUUUUAAGCUAUUUUGUGGUGUUCUGGCUCGGUUACAAUUGAAUUAGUUUCAUUCUGCAAAUCACUGGGACGUUUCAAGUAUUUAAACGUCUUCAACUCAUGUAGCAUUGCGGACUUUUUUGGACCGUUCCUACUGAAUGAUAACUCACGUUCCCCAGACCCGAUCGGUCCUGUGGUACAGUCGUCAGCUUGCAAGGUCUAACAACAUGCCUGUUAUGGGUUCAAGUCCAGUAAGGACCGUGCCACCCUAUGCGUAGGACUGACUAUGGAUAAUCAAUAAGACACUGAUAACCACAGCACUGACCCAUUAGUGGCAGAGACAGAUCUUGACCGACAAUGGUUGUUGAGCGAAAAAAGAAGAAGAAGAAAAAACUCAUUUUUCAGAUAACCCAAAAUCAUUUCAAUUCACUUCAACUAAGAAUAGAUUUUUCAUACUGCGAACUAUAUUUUCUAUAUAUACCCAUUUGAUUACAUUAGGUGCAACAGUCAGAUAAGUUAUAACAUCCAGCUCUACUAAGUUUGUUGGUCUUUGACUAUUUGAUUCACUCGAUCAAUUGGAGACUUGAUCGCAAGGAGGAGAUGCUGUUAAGCUAUGUAUUCGACAGCUGUAAAAACGGGUGCGCCAAAAAAUUGAAUUAAAAGGCGUGUGUGCUUAGGACGAACACUAAAAAUGUUUCACAUUCUAGAGUUUGUCAUAAAAUUUGAUUUUGAUUAGAAUGAAGCUCUGUUAAAACUGUGCAAGCUUUUCUAAGACACUUUCAAUAAUGUUUCACUACACGAUUCCUCUUAAAAUACGUACAAAGAUAAAAACCAGUGCUCAGAUCAUACUAAAAGCAUCAUAAAGCUCUCCAGCACGAUAAAACAUUUUCUUUUUCAACUAUCCCCCAUAAGUCAGUGACGGAAUGAAAAUUUCCCAACCUGUACAAUGCCGCACGUAAAAUGCACAGUUGCGCUUAAUUCGAAUCCCUUUUUAUUUAUAGAUAUAUUUUGCAUACUUGCAGUGCUUAAAAGUGAGUUACUAAAACAAAACAAUAAAAAAGGAAAAGGCAAAACUAUUUUCGUUUCGGAUAAUGCGACACUUUUCAACUCGAACCCACACAAAAGACGUAACAUUAAUAGAGUCUCUCAAAACAGAGAAGAAAAAAAGAAACUACAACUCGCGCAAAACCGCGACCAAUGAUGUGAAAACAAAGCGCAUCAUGAAAAAAGCACGCUAUAAAGAGAGAGAGAGAGAGAUAGAAAAUUUAAGCAUAAAGAAAGCAGGGUAGUCGGAAAUGUUGUUGUGUUGAUGAUAGUAAUUGUUACAAUUAGCGAGUAAGAUUUUUAAGCAAAGCUUCGAAAAGUAUGUUAUAUAGAUGCGUUUAUAUUUAGCAUUGGUGCGCCGUGGCAGGGGGUAGACAUGUGGCAACAGUUGUGUGGCUGGCACUAUUUACUGGUACUUUCUUUCCUCUCAGCUCAUCUGUCCCGGGUUGGCUCGGCGAAUACAAAACACGUGCAACGAAUGCUAGAACCGACUGUUUACUGUUCCCUCAGUUUAGGCACAGCUGUACAAUACAUCAGAGCCAUAAAGCUUUCCCGACACAGUUCAUCGCAGCUGCGCAUGCAUUACAAAUGUUUAGAAGGUUAAAAUAAAUGGAAAUUGAGGUGGAUUGGUUUACGUUCUUACAUGUCGUUACGCAAUGAAUUGAUAAAUGCAUCAUCUAUUUUCCAAACACACUAAAACACGCAUCCGUUUGCGAUUAAUAACGGUCGACAUGCACUACACCCAAAACAUUAUUCUGUACUGGUUUGCCUUGCGUGCACGAUGGAAUGCAAUGUGAAGCGAAAAAAAAGGGCCAACUACGAGGAUUAACACGCCCGAUGUGCCAACAAUGAGCGCCAUCGCUAAGCCACAUAAAAAUAUGAAAUGCAAUGCAGCAUGCACACUCGCUGGAAAAGUCAGCACUUUUCACCAGUCAAUUUGAAGCACGCCGUAGCCGUAGCGUAAAUCCACUCAGCCCACCUGCAUCCGGAUGGAUCCUUUGAUGCUGCCGUGUAUCAAACCCUCAAACAGCUUCCUAUCGCCUCCCAUCUUUGCUUGCCUGCCGAUGCUGCUGCCCUGCUGUCACUUUCGUUUAUAACAAAAUAGCCGUUUCGUUCGCUUUGCCUGUAACCGUCGUUCCCGUACCACGCCUUGUGCACGGGUAAUCGUGUCCGAAGCAUCGGCACAACGACACACAAAACAAAACAAAAAAAAACAAGAUUACAUUUCUGCCUGUCUACCCACGCUGUCCUUUCCACACCGACCGACACCCAAGCGGUUUUUGGUGCAAGGACAAUUUAUUAACAUCCCAUCAACACACUACCACCUGCAGCCCAGGGUGGGGGAGGAUGAUGAUUGGGCGAGUGACGCACCACCGGGCGCAAACGAUAAUGGUCACGGGGUUCGGGAACGCUAUCAACGCUUAAAGAACCGGAUAAUGCUCCAUCCACCCCGGCAGCUUGCGGUCCUCUCGGUGUUCAGGUGUAGAUGGCAGUGUCCUUUCAACGAUUGGGCCCCAGGUGUCAGUUCGGUUUAAUACAUCGACCCAAAAUUUGCGCUUUCGCCUGUCCGCACACGUCCUCGAUGCUCCGAUGGAUCCAGGCGAGCGUCAUCUAGGCGUGGUGGGACUUUUUUGCUUUCUUUUUCUCACUACAGCUGAUCCCGACCGGACUAUUGCGUUCGUACAUCAUCACCAGCAUGGCAAUGAUGAUGACGGCGAUAGCCCUGGACGGACGGUCAUAAACACGCAAAUUGAUCAUGAUUUUGGCCUUGCCGAUGUUCGGCGACGAUAAGUGAAAAUUAACUAGCUCCGAGGCAGGGCGCGCUAGAACGGGAUCAUCUGGAGCUGUCCCUUUUGGAGCUAGUGCUAAAAUUGGGAAGAUUUUCGGUUCACCUUCACCGACGCAGAAACCAGGGAAACAAAAAGCAGCAUUUGGCAAACCGGUGGUCAAGCAGCACCGGGAAUGCUUACGCCACCAGCUAAGGGUGCGUUUGUACCGUCUUUACUUAUCACUGCUACUCCCACCGACGCGAUGUCCUCCAGUGAUUGAUGACUGUUGCUUACUCUGCUUGAGCGUAUUUCCACACGGCGAGCGCGUCAGCCACAAACACAUUAAUAUAGAGCUUUGGCUGGUUCCGUAGAGACAUAGUAGCAAGCAGUCAAACUUGCCAAAAGUUACUCACUCGCCCCGCGCGCGAAAAGUCCCCGGACGGAAUCACACUUUGGCAAUUUAGGAAUCGUAGAAUCGUAUUCCUGCCGAGGGGGAGUGGCGAGGGCGUACAUUUCCAUGCGCCAUUCCCAUCGCGUGCACAGCUGCUUCCGCUGGAAUAGCUUUUUCAUCUCCUUUCAGCUUCAGCAAUGGCAGCGCGGGAUAAUAUUUAUAGGCGAAUGAUAUUUUACGCAAAACCGUACGCCUUCGGGCGAGUAAUGCUGCGGGAAAAAUUAAUCAUUACAUCCCGCGCGCACCGCUCAUUUUUGGGGGAGAGGUGGUAAACUUUCACGCUACCAUUUUGGGUGGGUGGGUGUGUGUGUGUGUGUUUAUGUGACAGUACAUGAGGUCGCUACCCCGCUUCCUCCUGCAGCGUUCCAGCGGGCACUACUACGAAGCGUUGUUCGCUUCCAUUGCCUGCUUGGAACAGACUCGAGGCCCCAAGCACGAGCCCACAUAAUAAUAAUGAUGACUUCAUUACACAGACCGUGACCAUCUGGUGCGCGGCCUACCCGACCCUGCUACUGCUCUCGCAGAAGUCUCCCACGGGGCGUACAGAUCAACCGUCAGUGUAUACGUAUACGCCCGACAACGGGGUAAAGGAUAAACUGUCAACAGCCAUCCGCCACUCCGGGUGCGCAUGCCGGCACCGUCUGCUCCCGGAAUCACUCUCGGAAAGUUGACUAGUGCCAAAGUGAUUAUGCUUAUUUUGUGUAUGUGUAUGUGCGUGUGCCCCAGCCGAUCACGUUGCCGACAGGGACGCCCGCCCACCGGUCCCGAACGAUGGGCGCGCGCAAAGGAUUCCCCGCCUCGGCUCGGCAUUUGCGGUGUUGCAAAGCGAACUUUCGUUGCAUAUUUAUGAGAACAGCAAGUUUGGCCGUGUGCGUGACUGUAUCUGUGAUUGCAAUUUUUGUGCUGCCUUCCUUUGCUGCCUUCGCUUCCCAUUUUUUUUUUGCCUUUGUUUUUAAGGUCAAAAGGUUUUCGUACAAAUUUUUCGGUGACAUAUCCUAAGUUGGGGAGGGGAAGUUGACCGUAGAUCGGUCGGUUUGGGUACCAUCUUUUAAUGGUGAUUAUUGACCAACGUCCGACUGCCUCGUCAUGUUAUCCCUGACAGAUGGGAGAGAGAAAAAAAGUACAACACUUGUCUUGUGCGUGGCACCCGCUGAGGAAGGCAAGGGCGUGUUAAUUUGAAUUGGAAAUCGCCAAUUACCACAGCAGGAGAAAUAGGGAGAUAGAGAGAGAGUGACAUGGAAGCGGUUGAGUUCAAAAUAAUGUGAAAUCCUGUGAACCGUUUGCGUAGCGUACCGUAUGGUCCAGUGUGGUGAGGCUGAACACGUAAAACAAAAUUCACACCACAUGGUUACUGCAUAAUUCUCUUCGUUGCUCUCUGAUGAUUUUUCGCUUUUCAUAAGCUGAAAGUGAAUUCAUCUUGUGUGAUAAUGUUAUGAGUUUUCUUGCUUGCUACAGAUUCUGCGCUGAUUAAUGAACGCCCUAUAAUUUUGAUAAUCGUGCUCGCAUUCCUGGCAGUACAACGCACACAUUUGUAGGGGUUGGUGUGUUGUUUUUUAGUUGAUUGAAUAGUUUCUUUAUUCUUUACUUACAUAGUUUCUCUGUGGCUCUUGUUAUAUUUUGCUGUAUUUUUUCUAUAGUUAUUCGAUGUAGAUCUUUCAUAAUGUUUAUCAUCUUUUUCUCAUUAUUUUGCUAUUAUUUUUUCACCUCUAUUGUUAGUAUUGCAAUAAAACGUUUAUGAUACUGUAAUAAUACAAUACAAUUUUAGCUUUUGAUUUAUAAGCAUUACUUUCACUAAUGUUUGUUGUUGAUUUUUGCCUUACAAAGCUCCCACGAUCAGCACAGCACCACACCAACACGAUUGGUAGCAAAAGAAAAUGUGUUUCAUAUCUUGAACACAACAUGCAAUGUACACCAAACCACCAAAACUUUCCACGAGGACAAUUAUAUUGUCCCGGUAACGCUCCAAAAUGCCACUUGCAGAAGCGACCCAUUCUCCCCCCUCCAGCAUGAUCAUAGACAGGUUCCAACAGCUAUAAGUAUGGUAUUAUUUAUAGUUAUGCAACUUCGCGCCACAACAGUUUCGCAACAAAGUUUCGUCUACCUUGAACGCCAACUGAUGUUUGUUCGCUUUUGAUUUGUACCUUUUCUAGCGCGAACAGCUCAGAUGGUGACGAUUUUUCUCUACGGCUCACCAGUGUCCUGUAUCACAGACGUUGGCUUAUACGAAACCUUAAAUCAGCACAAAUAGGAAAUAGAUAUGUGGAGAGAUAGAGAGCGAGAGAAAGAGAGAGAGAUAGAGAGAGAGAAAGAGAGCGGUACACAAAGAGAGAUAGAAAAAGAGGAAAGAAGAGAACAGACGCAAGAGCAUUGAGCGACAUUGCUAAGAAAAUUAAUCCAAUCUAACUUUCAUCGCACCACACCCCGCUCUUCUAUGUGCCACAGAGCCAACAAAAAAUCUGACUCUGUCAUCCCAUAACCGUAGCAGACGUAUAAUUUUCUACAUUUGUUACAGUAUUUGUUUUAACCAUUAAUACUACCGCCCCUACUGGUGACAUUACAGAAAAGCGGGAUUAGAAAAUCAAUUUCCGCCAGCAUUCGCUUCCGGCCAGUCUGGGGACGAUGAAAUGAGAGUUAUUGUUUGGUCGCAUAACACACAUGCCGCGAAAGUUGAACAACAGUUUCCCGACGUUUGCUUUUGUUUUUCUUUCACCAAAUUCAACCUGCCAAAAGUGUCCUGAGGUCUUGUUCUAAACUUGUUGCUAUCAUAGGAGACGUACUUAGUGGCGGGGCAUAGGAGCAGUGUAAACAAUAGUAUGCAGUGACACAAAUGUUGUAACCUAUAGCGAUGGCCCUCCCAAGCCUUACAGUGCGCAAUGGUUUUGUUGCAAGCGAAAGAGAACGAAAACCCCAAAAAAAAAACGGAACAGAUUCGUCAUCAUUCCCAGGAAAGGGGGAAUGGUAGUGUACAAUGUGUACAAACGUUACGUGUGCGACUUGAAAUUCAAACGGUUUCACUUCCUUUCGGAAAUAAGUAAUUAAUGCUUUUCAAUUUUUAUAUAGCCAAUCAAUCUCAAUCCAAGGUUCGAUGCGUUCCACAGCUUCCGGAAUGUAACACUUUGUUUUUUUUCUUCCUUUUUUAAGUAGGAUGCAGUGCAAUGUAGUUAGUUUAUAGCUUUAUCGUUAGUAUGCUCAAUCAUUUCAAUUUCCCAAACUUGAUAAUCUUUAAAAACUCUGUUCUCAAUGCAACUCGAAGCUUAACGGAAAUGAGUCUGGUAGUAAAAGACAUGACCGGGGGCCCGUCAAAGUGCGAAGACUUUCUAACCGUAUUUAAUAAGUAGAGAUAAAAACAAAGGUAUAGCAAAUACUAAACAUCCAGCUCACUAAACUAUAACGCGGCAAAUACGAUUUUAUACUGGCUACGUAAAAUUAAACAAACAAAAAACCCAUACAGACAAAAGCAAAAAAUGUGAACAAGAUACGAACACACUGUUUUCGAUGAUAACGCGAUGCAUAAAAGUGAAAAUCAAAUCAUUUUGUAAACAACGCGCAAAGCAAAUCAAAACUAAAUCACUUACAAUCGAUUUUUGUAAAUCUGACAGUUGAGGAAACUGUUGACGGUGAAUGUAAAAUGCUAGACGUCAAUCAUUUCUGAACGAACGAGCGAUUUGCAUUCGGCAACAUUAAAGUUUAAAUAAACAGCAAACGCAAAUAUCAUUGCAAAAAUUGUCAUCAAAUUUGCCACAAACCAACGCGCGCAGGCAUAUUACAGCAAGAGAAUGUUGUAAACAAUUCAUGGCAGUUGAAAUGUUCACUAUUUUAUUAAAUACUAUUAAAAUCAAUAGAUGCUGUUGAACCAUUCUGCUUUAUCUUCUUUGAUUGAAUCAUACCCAAAAAAAUACAAUCAUAUUUUGAUACAAAACAUCAAACUUCAAAACGCUUACGUUUUAUAAAUGCUACAAAACAGUAACAAUCAUACGCUGUUUAUUCAAUCAGUAACGCAACAUGCUAAUAAUGAAGAAAGAUAAAAAACUAGAACUCAAACACAGAAAAAACGAAAGAAACUGAUCGAAAUUAAACGUAGCGCCACUUGAGAGAAAAGUAGUAAUGAAAUGCUAAAGCGAAGAAGAAAAAAAAGUAAACUGGGCUGUCAACUGAAUUUAAUUUAAAACAACAAAAACAAAGAUCGUCGUUUGUAGAUUAUCAAUGCAUUAUGAAGUGACAGUGUAAAGUAAUGUAGAGGAUGUUAAUAAUUAAAACAGAAAAAGAAGAGAACAACGCACACUUAAACAAAAUGUAUUUGCAAAGGUUUGACCGAUGUUCGAGCGCAGAUUGGAAUGGUGAGAGUGAAGUUAACUACGCGUGACAACCAACCUAAAAGUGAAAGAAAUUGUUAACUAAAAUAAAUAGAAACAAACAGAAAAUGAAUGUCACCACGUUUCGUGCUAGAAAACCUAGCGAAGGAAGAAUUAAUGGCGGGAAAAAUACAACCAGACACAUACACAAAACAUAAAAGUGAGAUAACUAAACAGUUGUACUUAUUAGAUAAUCGAUACGAGAGCAGAAACGAUUGUACGGUGGUAUGAACAGGGAAUAUUUUGUUGUUGAAAAAAAUGUGUUGUAUAAGAAUGUGUAAGUAAAGCGAAUGAACAAGGACAAGGUAUCAUAAAAUACGAUAGAACAUCGGAGCGAGGAUCUGCUCGAAACGGAUGCCGGUAGCUACACUGCUGUUGUAAGAGAUGUGUAACAAGCCUAUAGAAUGGAAUCGUAUGUUAGUGUAGUUCUUGUUAGAAAGCUGUUAUUUUCGAGUGUGUUGUCGCUUUUUCUCGAAUCUCAUUUGUACUACUCGAAGCGGAACAGGGGGAAAAAUCACACACACACACUGUGCUAGAGAAACGGAUGCUCAUUGCAUGGUUCUUACUUUACCUGCUUCACACGCGCUGCAGAUUGACAUUUGCGCCUUCUUGAGGGACAAAGCCAUCCCGCAGAAACCUACUCGAAUUUACGCUGUCAAUAGUUUACAACUAUAGGGAAAAAGGAAGUAGCGAAAGAAACACACUAUGCCUCUGUGACAAACAAAAACAAUCAUGCAACAAACCAAUACAACUUCAAAACAAUACAUACAGUCAUACAGAUUACACAGGUAAAUUUAAAUAAAAGCAGGUUAAAAGCAUCCAAACCAAACCAAGUGUCCAAAAGCGCUCUCGACAAAGGAGUGCAAUUUUAAACAGGAAAGAAACACAAGCACACAAUACACCUAAUGGCAACACUUUUUGUCAUUUCUCAUAUACAAUCACUCUUACACUUUAAACAAAAGUCCUUUAAACAAAUUGCAGAAACGAUCUAUUCUACAAUUUCGAACAGGUGCCAACUAAAACAAUGGAAUAGAAAAGAAGGGAUAAGAAAGAGGAUAAUAGAGAUUAUUGAAGAAGAAAAUCCCCAACUAGUAGAACAGUUGUUUGCUGACGGGUCUGUUCUUGCCGAAUAAGUAAACACAACAUCGACGAACCUUGCAGUUGGCAAAAGCAACAAGAAUGAAGUAAUCGGAUUUUAGGACAGUUUUUUUUUAAUUGAAAACAUAUGCAGGUAUUGUUUAAUUGUUUGGAAUGAAAAAAAAAACAAAAAAAAAACAAACCUAAUACACCCCAAGUUGUCAUGUAACCCAGUCAAUAAACUUUCUGAGAUCAAUUCAAAGAACGAGAAAAGCUAUACAAUGCUUUCUUAGGACAGUGUAAACAAAGUAGGUGAAAGUGGGAAAACGAAAUGAACAAAGUAAAGGAUGAAAAGAAUUUAAACACAUUUUCUACUUCAAAUCAAAGAUAUGCUAAAAACCAAUUUUGAAAGCAAAAAAAAGCCUAGCGGGAUGAGUGAAUAGAUCGGGGAUACGCUAAGAAACACUCAAACUUUGAAACUCUGAAUGCUCAAAACUAGUCCAAAGAAAGCUCAAAUAAUAAACCGGUAGGCUAAACGGGCAGAACUCAAACAAUCAAUUGUGCAGACUCACCCUUGUGGGUAUAUAAAACCCGUCGGCUACCGCAUAAAUAGAUCUACUCAAUCAAAUAGACUCCUUACCGAUUUUGUAGCGAUAGGCAAUAAAAUGCAACCGAGAACACAUGAACAAA